AUGGUGUUGGUGCUGCGAGCCCUGCUGCCCUGCUUCUGCACCCUGCUCUCCCUGGACCUGCUGCCUGGGGUGGAACCUGCUGUGCCCCUGAAGGACUUCUACCCCUUUGGCCAGGACAAGGGGGACUCCCAGACCAUCGCUCAGGACGACGGAGGCUCUGGGCUCGUGGAGAUCUCUGUUGCUUUCCCCUUCUUUGGAGACAGGCACACAGGACUCUAUGUUAACAACAAUGGCCUUGUAUCUUUCCUGAGGGAGGUGUCUCAGUUCACACCCGUGGCUUUUCCAAUCGCCAGGGACAGAAGGGUUGUGGCACCGUUCUGGGCCGAUGUGGACAACCGUCGGGCAGGGAGAGUCUUCUACAGAGAGAGCCUGGAUCCUUCUAUUCUGAGGAGGGCCUCGAGUGAUGUCAAGACAUACUUUUCAGAGUUCCCCAACUUCAACGCAACGUGGGUCCUCAUCUCUACAUGGCACCGAGUUACGUUCUUUGGAGGCAGUUCUCUCACACCGGUAAAUACUUUCCAAGUGGUGCUCAUUACAGAUGGAGAGCUUUCCUUCACUAUAUUCCAGUACAAUAACAUCACUUGGACCACAGGCAUGCAUGCCAGCAGUGGAGGAAACCUGGCUGGGCUGGGAGGGAUUGCAGCACAGGCAGGUUUCAAUGCUGGUGAUGGCAAGCGCUAUUUCAACAUCCCUGGCUCUCGCACGGCUGACGUGGUGAACGUUGAGGGAACCACCAAUGUGGGCUACCCAGGCCGAUGGGUCUUCCGUAUAGACAAUGCUCACGUGGAAGUGGGUGGAUGCAAUAACUCCGCGUCGGUGUGCCCACACCUGCGACCGUGUCUGAAUGGAGGCCAGUGCAUCGAUGACUGUAUUACAGGAAACCCCUCUUUCACCUGCUCCUGCUUGGCUGGCUUCACUGGUCGACGAUGCCAGAUCGAUGUCGAUGAGUGUGCUUCAAAUCCUUGCCAGAACGGAGGGACUUGUAAAGACGGGAUUAAUAGUUUCACCUGUCAGUGUCCUCCUGGAUACACUGGGAUUCAAUGUGAAACAGACAUUGACGAAUGCAAAGACAGGCCGUGCCUCAACAGCGCGUCAUGUGUACAAGGCUCUGGCAGUUUCACCUGUGUGUGUGAACCGGGUUACACUGGUGUCCUGUGUGAGACAGACAUAAACGAAUGUGAGUCACAGCCCUGUCUGAAUGGAGGAGAGUGCAUCAAUCAAGUGGCGAACUUCACCUGUAUUUGUCCUGCUACUUUCACCGGAGCGCUCUGUGAGACAGAGCUGCUUCAGGUCAAUUCAACUGAGGCAGAAAACCAAACAGCCUCGUGUGAAGAGGAAGAUUGCAAGAAGCAGCAGAUUUGUGAAUACAGCAGCUCUGGAAUCUACAACUGUACAUGCGCUCCAGGAUACUAUGGCGACAAGUGUGAAGAGGAAUGUCUUUGCCAAAAUGGGGGUGUCUGUGUUGACAUCAAUGGGACUUGUGAAUGCCCCACAGGCUACACAGGGCUCUACUGUCAGUUUGAAGUAACCCAGACACCAUGCAGUAACAGCAGGCCGUGCCCUGAUGGAGGUCCGUGUUUGGAGUAUGGAGGAACCUACCUAUGUACAUGUCAGACUGGUGGAGCAGAGCAAGAAAAUAAAGACUUCUACCCUUAUGUACAGCCCCAAUCGGUCUGCGACUCCUCUCCGUGUCUGAAUGGGGGCUACUGCUACGAGCGGGAUGGAGGCUACACCUGCGAAUGCAAAUACGGAUACUGGGGGAAGCACUGUGAGAAAGUUAGACUCAAUACCUGUGCCUCCGCUCCCUGCCGCAACGGAGGCUCCUGUAAGGAAGAGGCAGGGAGCUACCGAUGUGUGUGUCCGUACAGAUUCACCGGAAAACACUGCGAAGUGGGGAAGCCAGAUCCUUGUGCCUCCAGCCCUUGUCUAAAUGGGGGAACAUGUUUUCACUACAUAGGAAAGUACAAAUGUGAAUGCACUGAAGCCUUCAGUGGCAGGCACUGUGAAAUAAGCAGGAGCUCAACGCAUACCUCCGCAGAGCUGGGCUGUGGGCCGCCUCCACAAGUGAAGCAUGCCGAGGUUAAGUUCUCCUCUACAACACCGGGCUCCGUUGCUGCGUACAUAUGUCACUCAGGCUUCACGUCUGUGCCCAGAGCCACCCAGAGCAUCUGUGGUAUUCAGGGGGACUGGAGCCAGCCACCCAUCUGUGAGGAGAUCAAUGAGUGCCUAUCACAGCCUUGUCUCAAUGGGGGUACAUGUCGAGACCAGUUAGCAUCCUACCUGUGUGAGUGUAGCGAUGGCUUCAGUGGAAACCAUUGUCAGACAGACAUAAAUGAAUGCCUGUCGGAGCCCUGCAAGAAUGGGGGAACGUGUGAGAACCAGCCUGGCUCCUACUUGUGUCAUUGUCCACAAGGCUUCAAAGGCCAGAGCUGUGAAAUAAGUGCCGUGUUGGUUCAAGAGCAGGACGGGUGUGAAUCCAACCCCUGCCUUAAUGGAGGUGUGUGCCGGAGUUACAGACGGAAUUAUCUGUGUGUGUGCAAAGACGGCUUCUUCGGUGACCAGUGCCAGAUGUUGGAGGACCCAUGUGUACUGAAACCUUGUGGAAACCGAGGCGUCUGCAGGAGUGACAGGAGAGGGAACUACAACUGUGAUUGCAAAGUAGGACACACAGGCAAAGACUGCGAGAAAGACCUGUUGCCUCCCUCCGGUCUCCACGUGCUCCGUGUGGAGGAGAACGAGGUGGAGCUGCGCUGGGAUGAGCCGGAGCCCUCCCAAAGCCUGGUCAGCGGAUUUGCUGUCACCUAUGCUCCCCUGGGCCGGACCAAUCGCAAAACCGACUACCUGGACAGGCAGCAGUCCACCCAUGUCAUGCGAGGCCUGGUGCCCGGUCAGCUGUACAACAUCUCCACCAUCUCCAUCAAAAGCAACGACAUGAGCCAGCCUGCCACCGCACUUAUACGCACCAGACCACGGCGGGUGGAGCAGCUGCAGGUGGUGAAUGUGUCUUCCUCUCAGGUUUGGCUGCGUUGGUUGGUUCAGGCAGCUCGCCACGCAGCAGUCAGCCGGGUACACGUGUCUCUUUUGCCUUCAGAUGGGAGCGAGGCUCAAACCGCCGUGCUCAACACGAGCACCACCGAGUACACCUUCAGUUCUUUACUUCCAGCUCAUAUGUACACAGUGGAUGUUUUGACUCAAAGUGGAAUCAGACCUGACGAGUUUCCCUCUACAAGCCACUCAGCUGGACCGCUGCAGUUCUGGACAAGGCCUCUUCCCCCGCAGAACCUAUCUCUGUCACAUGUGACCACUAACUCAGCACUGAUCACCUGGAGCCGCCACCCUAGAAACAUCCCAGAUGGCUUUGUGGUCAACGUGACCCGAGGGCUGAAUACCAGGAGUCGCUUCCUGCCCAACGGGAAAUUAGGAUCAUACACCCUCCGUGAACUGACGCCAGGACAGCACUACUAUGUGGCUCUCACAUCUGUCAAGAACGCAGGGAAGGAACAGAUCCACAGCACGCCUCAACACUUGGCCUUUAGUACCUUGCCAAUGGAGGCCAGAUCAGCGAGAAGAGAGAGGCCAACCGUGACGGGACAGGGGAGUCAGGUCAGACGCAUUCCUACUCCGUCUCAGACAUCUCAGGACCUGGGAGGUACAGCAGAAACAGAGAAUUCAGAGGAACUGCCCAGAUACACAGAACUAAUUGACAGGAGGGGAAAGAUAACAGCUAAGUUCACUCACUUGCCAAGAAAAGUCAUUCGACAUCGUACUAAACCUGAGCCACCAAUUAGAUUAGAGAGGAUGGAAGAGACAACAAACAAAAUCAGCCUUGCACUAGAGAUUCAAGAGGAAGGUUUAAGAACGAAGCCUGAGUUGCCCCAGGACUGCCGCAGUCUGCCCUGCCAGAACGGGGGUACAUGUGUGAACGGAGGCAACUCCUUCGUCUGCGACUGCGCAGCGGGGUUCAAAGGCAGACAGUGUGAACUGGUGUGCCAGCGAGUGCCACAUCCAUGUACCCGUCUCUUAUCCGAAACAAAAAGCGUGCCUGUCUGGGAGGGUGGAGUGUACCAUUAUCUGUACAAAAGGACAUAUAGAGUGCAACAGGAUGUUUGUUAUCGAGAGGUUUGUGAACUGCCGCUUCCCAAGAAAAGUCAGAUCAGAAGAACAAACAAAGAACAAUAAAGAGCACUUGGAAACUGAUUAAAGGACUGUCGUCGCUGUCAUGUGAAAAAACCUCCUAACUUCAAUUUUGGUGUUUAUAAUGUACUUGAAGUAACUAAUUAUGGUCAUUUUGUGCUGAGAAACCCUGUCACAACGCACUGUAACAUUACAGAAACAGAUCAUCACACAACUGAAAAUAAGGUUACAUGUAGUUUAUUUCUGGGAGCUGUGUUUGUAGCUCCAUGCUCUAUGAAAGGACUUCAAUCAAUCAAAUGAAAAAUGUCCCAAAUCAUUUAUCAUUUACGAUGUUUGAUGACUGAUUUGUAAUAAAAACACAUACAAACAAAAAUAUUAACGAUAAGCAGUCCACUGCACUGCAUCAGAGACCUUAUAUACCUCAUUUCCAUGUCCACGCUGACACAUUAGGAGAGGUUUUUAUUUGUGAUUCAGCUGCAGGUUUGUCCCUCAGGGAAAUAACUGUAGAUUGUUCCAAGUCCCGAUCUUUUAUCCCUUUGACAAUCACCAUGAUCUCCUUAUAAAGAAAAUGGGAAAUUAAUAUUUUCACCCCACCCCAUAAAUUCAUCUCUUCCUCUGACAAUGGUACACAGUGUUUUCUGUGUAAAAUAUCUUUCUUUGUGUCUUAGCAGGCAUCACUGCUCGCUAUUCUGUAAAUAGUGUUUAUAGGCCAUUUUUGUAGGUGAAUAUUUUAAUAAUAAAAAUGUUAAAAUGUU